AGCUGCCUUGUCCCCGGGAGAUUGUGCCGGCGAAGGGCUCUGCACCUUCCCGGACGGCUCCGCGGGGCGUGUAAGAUGCCCGCAGAAGGGGCGAAGAAAGGAAGGGUUUCCUUGCAGUCAGAAACGGCUGGAGUAGAGAAUUUGGCGCUCUCCCGUCGCGGAUCCGAAGACUUCGGGGUAAAGAUGGUGUGUGAAUGUUACUGACAAGAAUACAUUUCCAACUGCUGAUACAUGAUCAGAAUGAGUGGAUUAGGAGAGAACAUCUUGGACAGUAUGAACAGUGACUCAAGAAAACGAAAACCAUGUGAUAUUGCUGGACCAGGUCUUGUAUGCAGUGGAGAGAAACGGCGACGUGAGCAGGAAAGUAAAUAUAUUGAAGAACUAGCUGAACUGAUAUCUGCUAAUUUGAGUGACAUUGAUCAUUUCAAUGUUAAACCAGAUAAAUGUGCAAUUUUAAAGGAAACAGUUCGACAGAUACGCCAGAUAAAGGAACAAGGAAAAACAGCAUCUACUGAUGAUGAUGUUCAGAAGGCAGAUGUAUCUUCAACUGGACAGGGUGUUAUUGAUAAAGAUUCACUGGGACCACUCCUCUUACAGGCAUUAGAUGGCUUCUUAUUUGUAGUAAAUAGGGACGGAAACAUUGUAUUUGUAUCUGAAAACGUCACUCAGUAUUUGCAAUAUAAACAAGAGGACCUGGUUAAUACAAGUGUUUACAGUAUCUUACAUGAGGAAGAUCGGAAAGAUUUUCUUAAAAAUUUACCCAAAUCUGCAGUGAAUGGAGUUUCUUGGACCAAUGAAGCACCGAGACAGAAAAGUCACACAUUUAAUUGUCGUAUGAUGGUGAAACCAUUAAAUGAACUUCUAGAAGAUAUAGGAAGUAGUCAGGAAUUGCAUCAAAGAUUUGAAACCAUGCAGUGUUUUGCUUUAUCACAACCGAGAGCCAUGCUAGAAGAAGGGGAAGAUUUGCAGUCCUGUAUGAUAUGUGUCGCGCGUCGUAUCUCUACAAUAGAGAGGGUAUUUUCCCCAAACACAGAGAGCUUUGUUACUAGACAUGAUCUGUCAGGUAAACUUGUUAACAUAGAUACAAAUUCUUUAAGGUCUAUGAGGCCGGGAUUUGAAGAUACAAUCCGCCGUUGCAUUCAGAGAUUUUUAUGCCAAAAUGAAGGUCAGCCCUGGUCAAACAAGCGGCACUAUCAAGAAGCUUACAUGCAAGGCAUUGCUGAAACUCCACUCUACCGGUUCUCUUUAGCUGACGGAACAAUAGUGACAGCACAAACAAAAAGUAAAUUAUUCCGAAAUCCAGUUACCAACGACCGUCAUGGAUUUAUCUCUACCCACUUUCUUCAAAGAGAACAAAAUGGAUAUCGACCAAACCCCAAUACAAUGGGACAGAACAUAAGAGCUUCUACAACUAUGAACACUAAUUCAUGUAGUGGUGUUAUGAACAUGAUGCCUGGACAAAAUGUACCUCUUCAAAACAGGAACUAUGCCAUGGGAGAUCCUAACAUCAUGGGACAGAUGAGUGGUGCUAGGUAUGGAGGUCCAGGAAAUAUGGGAUCAAUGAACUCUGGGCAAGGAAUGCAGCCUUUUCCUUACCAAAAUAAUUAUGGAUUAAAUAUCAAUAGCCCACCACCACAUGGCAGCCCAAGCUUGAAUGCCAGUCAACCGAAUAUAAUGAUAUCACCUAGGAAUCGUGGGAGUCCAAAAGUGAAUUCACACCAGUUUUCUCCUGUACCAGGGGUACAUUCUCCAAUGGGACCGGUCAGCAAUUCAAGCAGCAACAACUUUUCAAGCAGCUCCCUUAGUGCUCUUCAAGCCAUUAGUGAGGGAGUUGGAACAACCCUGCUAUCCACACUUUCUUCACCGGGUCCUAAACUGGACAGUUCUCCAAAUAUGAAUGCUCCUCCACAAAGCAAAAUGGGGAGCCAGGAUUCCAAAAGCCCCCCCGGCGUGUUUUGUGAACAGAAUCAAGUGGAGAGCUCUAUGUGCCAGUCAAACAGCAGGGACUCAAAUAGUAAUAAAGACAGCAAAGAGGAGAGCCUUGAAGGUGCUGAUCAGAGGGGACCAGCUGAAAGCAAAGGACAUAAGAAGCUUCUUCAAUUGCUAACUUGUUCCUCGGAGGAGAGAGGACACCCAACUCUUUCAAAUUCACCCUUGGACUCCAGCUGCAAAGAAUCUCCUAACAAUGCUACAAGUCCUUCAUCUGGUGUUUCAUCUUCUACAUCCGGAGGAGUUUCUUCAUCAAAUAUGCAAGAGAAGCAUAAGAUUUUACAUAAGUUGCUCCGAAAUGGUAAUUCUCCAGCAGAAGUAGCAAAAAUCACAGCUGAAGCUACUGGUAAAGAUCCAUUUCAUGAUACUAACACCGUUUCCUGUGGAGGAGAAGUGAAACAGGAACAAAUGAGUCCUAAAAAGAAAGAGAAUCAUGCCCUGCUUAGAUACUUGCUUGAUAAGGAUGAUGGAAAAGAACCACUUUUAAAAGACAUUAAACCUAAAAUUGAGACUCUGGAUACCAAGAUGGGACAGUGUUGUAGUUCGGCCAUAUCUACAUCAAGUAAUGAAAAGGAGAUGAAAAUAAAAACAGAACCCACAGAAGAGAUAAGUGGCAAUUUGGUGGAUAAUUUAGAUGCCAUUUUGGGUGAUCUAAAUAGUUCAGAUUUUUGCCAUAAUCCUAUACCUACAAAUGGAGUUAGUAUGGGAAAUAAACUACCUCUAUGCCAAGGAAAUACACCAAUGGGUGUCAGAAGUCCCCAGUCUAGGCAGAUUGCCCGCCCUCCUUUCAACAGAGCCAUAUCUUUAGAUAGUCCUAUAUCGGUGGAUUCUGUCUCAUCAGUGAGAAAUGCUAGUUCGUAUUCAUUGUUACAGAAGCAAACCAUGAUGGCUGAGAGACCAAGAAUGAUUGAAAAUCAAGAAAAUUUUGGAGCCAAUAUGGGGAUGUGUAACAGAAAUCUUUCAGUGAAUCAGCAUUCGGCAAGUGAUUGGAGUCUACAAAAUUCAAAACUGAACAGGAUGGAGCCUACAGCUUCUGGUUCAAUGGCAAGGGCUGGGUCAGACUGCAGCGCUUCUCUUGCUCGGUCUUCCAUGGGAGGAUCUAUGCCUGGGUUGCCCAUGAGGUCAAAUAGUAUUCCCGGCACCAGAUCAAUGCUCCAACAGGAAAUGAUCCAUAUGAGGUCAAAUGAGAUUAAUGUAGGAAUGGGAGGAAAUCCUUAUGCACAUCCAGGACCAUCUAAUCAGCCAAAUGUAUGGCCUGACAGCAUAGUCUCCAUGGAACAAGCAGCUCAAGGUUUGCAAGACAGGCAGUUAGUUAGAAAUUCCUUGGAUGACCUGUUAUAUAAUACUCCAAAUGUAGAUGGACAAAGUGAUGAAAGAGCUCUACUAGAUCAGCUGCAUGCAUUGUUGAGCAAUACUGAUGUUACCAGCCUUGAAGAAAUUGAUAGAGCCUUAGGAAUUCCUGAUCUUGUAAACCAAGGACAAGCUUUGGAAUCCAAACAUGAAGCAUUUCAUGGCCAAGAUUCUGCAGUCAUGAUUGACCAGAAGCCUCCAAUAUAUGGACAACCCUACCAUGGUCCAGGAGCGGGAAUGCCCGGUGGUUUUAGUGGCAGCAUUCAGGGCCAACAGGCAGCCUUUAACUCAAUGAUGAAUCAGAUGAACCAGCAGAACAAUUUUCCAAUGCAAGCCAUGCAUCCAAGAGCAAAUGUUAUGAGACCACGAACCAAUGCACCAAAGCAGCUGCGUAUGCAACUCCAGCAGAGGCUUCAAGGACAGCAGUUUUUGAAUCAGACUCGUCAAACACUUGAUAUAAAAAUGGAAAAUACCAAUCCUGGUGGUGCAUCGAUGAUGAGACCUGUUCUACCUCCCCAGAUGGGAUCACAACAAGGCUUCCUUAAUGCUCAGAUGAUGGCACAACGCAGCAGGGAGUUAAUAAGCCAUCAUCUCAGACAGCAAAGAAUGGCCAUGAUGAUGCAGCAGCAACAGCAACAAUCUCAAGCCUUCAGUCCUCCCCCAAAUGUGACAGCCUCAGGAAACAUUGAUGGUGCUGUUACAGGCUCUCUGAUGGCUCCUGUCCCACCCCAACAAUUUCCGUACACUUCAAAUUAUGGAAUGAGCCAGCAACCUGAUCCUGCCUUUAGCAGGGUAUCAAGUCCUCCUAAUGCCAUGAUGGCUCAAAGAGUCGGACCCUCACAAACUUCAAUAUUGCCACAUCCCCAGGCUUCCCCAAUGUAUCCAACGCCAGAGAUGAAGGGAUGGCCUUCAGGAAACAUUGCCAGCAGGAGUUCUUUUCCACAGCAGCAGUUCAGCCACCCUGGGAAUCCUGCAAAUUACAAUAUGAUGCAUAUGAACAGUAGUGGAAGCCACAUGGCCCAAAUGAAUAUCAAUACUAUGCCCAUGUCAGGAAUGGCCAUGGGUCCUGAUCAGGUAAGUGGCAUUCAAUUUCUACAGAUCACCAACUGCGAUCAGCUCCUUUAACUAC